AUGGUAGAAGACACUGAAAUGAGGAUCAAAGGAAGCAGAAAAGGCAAGAACACCCAGGUUCAGGUUGACAAUGAUGCCAUGAAUGAAAACGAGCCGGAGGCCAUCAACAAUGAAGCUGAUGAAGACACCGAUUCUGACUCCAACUUCGAUAAUGAUGACAAGAGAUAUAACUUCUGCACCCUAGCAAAGCUCCUCGAACCUGUGCCAAAGCUCACAUCAUGCAGCUAUUAUAGCUGGAGCACUCAUGUGAAAUCUUUCCUCCGAUCCGUGCCCCAUGUGAUGAAACAUCUUGAGGGAACGUACAACAAGAAGCACCCGAAAUGGAGCCACUCCCUCGAUGAUGCUUUAAUCAAUGCCCUGCAUGGAACAAUCGACACUACCAGAGAAUACAAUGUAAACUACCUCAUUCUAGAUGUAAUCAAGGAGUACCUUACUUUCAACCAAGUAUGGAGAAAGAUCAAAAACAGUCUCACAAAUGAAGCCACCAAGACGUCUCACAGACUUGCACUCAUCUCGCAGCUCAAUGACACAAAGAUGUUUCACUUGGAUGCCAGAAAGCUAAUUCAAGAGAUCCAGUCCAUACAGACUGAAAGUAGCCACCUCGGCAAACCAUUCGCCAAUGAUACAUUGUUCUCGGCUCUGCAGAAAUGCACGAUCCGGCAUCCGGUGUAUAAGGAGACGGUUGCUGUCAGGGUUGCCACCGUCCAUCAAAUCGAUUUCAACACCCUCGCCACCGCACUAAGCAUCCGACAGACCACUGUUGAGAGUGUCCCCAUGCAAAAGAUUGACCCCUGCCAAGCCAGUGCUCGGACUGCCGGCAACAAUGAUCAAAGCAAAUGGACCGGAGAGACCGAAGCCGAAGCCGACAAUGGCCACACGAGCCCAAAGAAUGCAGGAAGAUCACACUGA